AGGAAGAGGAAGAGCGCGGCCGGGUGCGCGGCGCGGAGCAGGGGCCCGGCCGAGGCUACAGCGCGCGGGCCACCAUGGCCACCGACGAGCUGGCCAGUAAGCUGAGCCGGAGGCUGCAGAUGGAGGACGAAGGCGGCGAGGCGACGGAGCAGCCGGGGCUCAACGGGGCGGCGGCGGCUGCGUCCGGGGCUCCCGACGAGACUGCCCAGGCGUUGGGCAGCGCGGACGACGAGCUGAGCGCCAAGCUGCUGCGGCGCGCGGACCUCAACCAGGGCAUCGGCGAGCCGCAGUCGCCCAGCCGCCGCGUCUUCAACCCCUACACCGAGUUCAAGGAGUUCUCCAGGAAGCAGAUCAAAGACAUGGAGAAGAUGUUCAAACAGUACGAUGCCGGCAGGGAUGGCUUCAUCGAUUUGAUGGAGCUCAAGCUCAUGAUGGAGAAGCUGGGCGCCCCCCAGACGCACCUGGGGCUAAAGAGCAUGAUCAACGAAGUGGAUGAGGAUUUUGACAGCAAACUCAGCUUCCGGGAGUUCCUUCUGAUCUUCCGCAAGGCAGCAGCAGGGGAGUUACAGGAAGACAGUGGCUUACACGUCCUGGCCCGCCUUUCUGAGAUCGAUGUCUCCACCGAGGGCGUUAAAGGUGCCAAGAACUUCUUCGAGGCCAAGGUACAAGCCAUCAACGUGUCCAGCCGAUUUGAGGAAGAGAUCAAAGCCGAGCAAGAGGAAAGGAGGAAGCAGGCUGAGGAAGUGAAGCAGCGAAAAGCGGCCUUUAAGGAGCUGCAGUCCACCUUCAAGUAGCCAGGGACAAGGCCGAGCGAGACCCGGCCCUGCCCCGUGUGCGGUCUGGGGUCACGGGUGGGUACAGGAGACCUGAGGGAGACAAGCCUGAGUCCUGCUCUCUGUGUGCCCGGACCACUACUAAAACCUAAACUGUAUGUGAACGGAUCUCAUUCAGGAGUCUCCCCAGUGGCUGGGCCGGUCCCUGCUCCCUCCCGCUGUUCCUGAGGCUGUGACACCAGCCACCAGCAUCCUCUCUGGCCAUCCCUGUGUCUCUUGUUCUCUGGCCACCCCGCUGCUGCCCCAGCCCAGCUCCGGCCCAUUCAUGCCCUUGUCUUGUAAACCAGCUACUCUCUCCACCCACCUACCCUUAACUAGAGGCUGCCCUGCCCUGGGCCUGAUGGCUCCUUCCUAAGUAGGGACCAGCAGA